AUGGAAAUUGCUACUUCAGCAUCCACACCAGCUCGAUCUACAACAGAGAACGUCGUGCCAGAUACAACGGAUGACAUUUCAGAUGGCCAAGGAGGAAUCCAGGAAAAUGAUCUCGAUAACGAGGAGCUAAGUGAGGACGGGUUUGGAGGUUUUGGACCACCACCGAGUGAUGAAUCGUGGGAAUCCGAAAACCCCAAACAGGACUCUGAAGUCAGCAGCAUUUCGGAUGCUGAGACUGACGAUCAACACCAACCAGAUGCAGACCAGACUCCUCCUGACGAAGUUGCUGACGACACGAGUCAGAUUUUCCCGCCAUUGAUGGUCGAAGGUCUCGCCAUCCCCGCCAUUGAUAUCGUGGAUGUCAAUAACAUCGCGGCAGCGGAUCCAGUGGCACUUGUACAAGCACUAGCCGGAGAAAUGAAGUCGGAUUUGGAUGAUCAUUCUGUUAUUCCUGAGAGUGAUGACAAAGCUUUGAGCGAUAGGGUGAGUAUUUAGCCAUAUGUUU